UACACAGUACACAAAGUGUUUUUUUUACCGUGUACUCCGGCACCUAAGUUUGUUGAAAGGCUUAAAAUAUUACUAAAAUCGAAAUGCACUUAGUCGCAAAGUGUAACAGUGUAAAGUGUUGAAAUGAAAACCACCCGAUUCUUGCUGCUGUAUGUAGACGAAUUAGCUGUCUUAUCAUCCCCCCAACAGACAGACACCUGCAACAUUUUGCGGUUGGCUUACGCUGACGACUAGCGGACACAUCAUAGCAUAGCGCUCAGCGCAGUUCAGGCACAACAACGCGCUGUUGCACUUGCACUAAACAUUCGUAAAAACUUUAUAAAAGCCUACAGAACAACACAGUGAUUUCAGUGCGAAUUUGAAUGGUGGUUGACUGAGAUUGCUGGCUGACACAAGCGGCAAAGACCCAGUGAAUAGUGAAAAUGUUACCAUUUACAAAUUGUACAUGCUGCUGAGUUGAGAACAGCAUUUCAAAAAGGAUGUGCGCAUAUAGAAUAUAUAUGUAUUGAAGUUUGAGGAUACUCAAUUCUGGUUGUAAACGUGUUAAUUAGUGGCAAUUUUUUGUUUGAGAAAGUUUACUUGAAUUUUAAUGUGAAUAUGAACAUUUUUUCGUAUGGUGCCAAAGUUAGCUAAAAUUAGCAGAAACCCUACAAAUACAACGUACAAACAUUCAUAAAAGAAAAUCUGGUUGACAGUGUGAAAAACGACGAAAUCGAUUAAUACUUUUUUAACGGUGAUUCAAACAAGAAUGCUUUAGAGUCUGAAAGCCUGUUCGAAGGCAGCAAUAAGUUGUGAGGAUUUGUGGCACGUCACGUAGAAGGUGUGCGCAAGCUUUGACCGUAAAACUAACGGUAAGGCAGUAGCAGUUAUACUAUGCAAAACGUUGAAGUUCAACCAACAACACUAACGGACGAUGAAAAUUUGGAUUUAGCGAAAGUUGAAACGACGACCACGCCUACGAGCGAUUUGCCGAGCACGGCUACUAACACGCCAAAUGAUAGUGCGAGCACAAGUAGGAAAACUGUAAGUGCCAACCGUGAAUGUGUUCAAUCAGAUCCUGAAACGCGACGUAAAAGUAAGGCACGUUCGCGCUUUACGUCGGCAUUACGCAAACUUUCGGGUCGCAAAAAACAAACCAUCUCGAAGGAUACGUCCACUGAAAGUUCACUAGCCGGUGGACACUCAUGCGAGAUCGUUUCAGCGCCUGAGACGGUUUUAUCGAGUGGCGGUGAAGAUACGGGUGAUACCAAUGCAACGCCAUCGCCAGAAUCCAAGCCCAAGAAGAAAAGUAAGUUAGCAAAACGGUUUUUGCUGGGCGGUUUAAAGAAGUCCAAAUCAAAUAGUGCCAAGAAGAGCAUUGACGAAGAUGAGGAAGGUGAUUUAGUGCAGGGUAGUCAAGAAGAAACACCCGUUGAAGACGUAGAUGUCAUAGAUGACGCACACGUACCGGUUGAAGAAACUGCAGAGCCACAUACAAAGCGUAAGGUAACAAUAACGCUCAGCGAUUCACAGCAAACUACAGUGCGAGAUUUAAACGAAAGAGCAGUUGAGGAACAACAGUUAGCUGUUGAAACUAACGUCACUGCAGUAACGGGCGCACCAAGCGAAACGGAUUAUCUUUCACCUAUAGAAGAUAAGACGCAGCCGAGUACACAUGAAAGUGUUGGUGGCGACGUGGAGGUAGUACAAACGCCUGCAACGAUAACAGAAGAUAUAAACGUCGUAGCAUCGCCGCCAAAGAGUGCAGCGGGCCAGAAGAAGAAGAAACUCAAAACGAAGAAGAGUACACUUAAAGAAGCCGCAGUAACCAUAAUAAAGACUACUGCCACCACGAGUAGUGGCAGUACGGUACCAACUGCAACACCAAAACAAACCGCUGCAACAGUACAAAAAACUUCUACUACACGAACAACAACAAUAACCACGGACGAGAAGUUCGUUAUCACACAGAGUACACGUGAUACACCACCAAGCGAACGCGCCCCUGCCAAACCAAGUCGGGUAGCUACCAACGCGCAGCCUCAAAUAGCAGAACCGACGGCGGCGACCAGCACAGGCGCUGUACGCAAAGGCAGCACUCGCACCUCACCAACGCUGGGACGUGAACAGUUGUCGAGCUUCGGCGCAGUUAGUAUAGCAGCAGCCGUUGCUGGUAAAAGACAACGCGCGAAAAGCGGUAAAUCCUCAACUAAUCAAGCAAGCAGUAAAAGUGCGUCAAAGAAAGUGUCGAGCAAAGUUAGUGAUAACAGCGCUGAUACAACAAAGCCAACUGAAGAAGCUGAAACCGAAUUGAUGCACACAUCAGCAAAUCCAUUGCAACGCGGUCAUCGUUUUCCCAAACCAAGUCCAACUGUAUUAACAUCCUUCGGUACGAAGGGUGAAGUUAGUGCCGCUACGUCCAAAGCGUCUGCGUCGGCGACCACACAGUCCGCAAGUCGCAGCAACGUAAUAGCAAAGCUGGCAACCCCAACAAUACCCAUAACGGAUAAAACAACAAAUGAGGGAGCAGUAACUGCAAUAGCAGAUGCCGACACCGUUGAAGAAAACCACACGAAGCCCACAAACUCCACAAUUGCGCUAGUAGACGCGCCUACCCAGAAGACAGACAAUUCAGUUGCAACAUUAGAGGCAAUACGAAAGCAGAUACAAUUUCAAUUGGAGUCUCACGCGUCUAUCGAUAGGCAAUUGCCACAAACCGAAACAACGCAACGUCAGGAACAGCGGCAACACCAAGUGUUAGUCGCACCACAACUAUUGUUGGAUGAUACCGCAUCACCGCCGCAUUCUUUGCAAUCGAAUGCAUCACAGUCAAAUUACCACCAACAACCGCCUUCGUAUACACCACCUUCCAUACCGACAAUAACAACGAGCACACCGCUUGCCACACCACCAGCUGAAACUCGAUCAGCAUCGUCAGCACAUUAUCGUCACCCAUCAUCGAGUAAAGUCAUUUUACCAGACCCCGACAUCUACAGUGACAUCUAUGCGGACAAGUCAGCAGCAUUGCUGUACAUAGCUGACGAAUCAGUUACCACAGCGAGCAGUAGUGGUGCAGACGACGUCGUUUCUUCGGCGGAAAGUGCACAACCCAGCGAUUAUUCGGGCAAUAAUAUACGCAAUCCCAAUUUGCCAGGAUACGCGUUAAGUAACGAUUUCGAACCGGACGAACAAAGACAUUACGGUCCUCCUUUACAGCCAACUGUACGUUUUGCCGUUGGUAGCGUGGUACGUCCGCUGGCCACAUCAUUCGAUAGUCCUUUGCACGAUCACAGCUCAUACGAAUCGAAUCCGAGCAGCGACUCUCACAGUGAGUCCAGUCGUCGACGUAUACGUUACAUAUCGCAACCGUUAACAUUUGACGAGGAUUUCGAGACAAUUCAGCAACGUCACGAGAAGUUGAAAUAUAGUAAAACCCCUGGCAGUGAGUACUCUGUAGAUUCGGAAUACGAUUCAGGCGAUAAUCAGAUGCCGGCUUUUGGCGAUUUAACCAUGGAGCAGGAUAUGGAACCGACAAUUAUGACCUCCGCGAAUACAGAAAAGCGUGAGCAUCUAUAUAAAAUUCUAGUCAUCGGUGAAUUGGGCACUGGCAAAACGUCGUUUAUCAAACGCUAUGUGCAUCAGUUUUUCAGUCAGAAUUAUCGUGCCACAAUCGGUGUAGAUUUCGCAUUGAAAGUACUACAUUGGGACCCAAAUACAACCGUCCGUCUACAACUCUGGGAUAUUGCCGGUCAGGAGCGUUUUGGCAAUAUGACACGUGUUUAUUAUAAAGAAGCCGUUGGUGCUUUCAUAGUGUUCGAUGUGACACGCAGUGGCACAUUCGAUUGUGUGAGUAAGUGGAAAGAGGAUUUGGAUUCAAAGGUACAAUUACCUGAUGGCAGCCCGAUACCCUGUAUACUGUUAGCUAAUAAGUGCGAUCAGGAAAAACAAGGUAUUGUGACUUCGCCAGAGAAAAUGGACGAGUAUGUGCGUGAGAAUGGUUUUGCCGGUUGGUAUGAGACAUCCGCCAAGGAAAAUAUCAAUAUUGAUGAGGCCGCCAGGGCUUUAGUGAACAAGAUUUUACUCAACGACAAAUUGAUCAGCGCAGCUGACUUAGCUGAUAGUGAGAAAUUCAAUCUGAAUAGUUCUGUAGAUCAGUCGUCAUCGGAAAACAAAGGCAAAUGUUACUGCUGACCAGUUCCCAUGGGAAUAGGCCGAUAAAAUCAUCACACAACUUGCAGCAACCAUUGGAAACCAUUAAAGUUAUUGGAAAUUAAACAAAUGCUUUGUCAGUUGUAUGCAUUUCGCUUUGCGCAAUAGCCUUAAGUCUCUUAAAGUCCAUUGCCACAUUAGCUGACAGUCGAGCAAAUUGAACGUUGUACGAGGAAUCGAAAAUAAUUAAAAUCAUAAAAAUUCUAUUUACAUUGAUUUGUUACAUAACAUCAGUAAAGUUAAAGUGUUAUUUAAAUGAACACAUUCUUACAUAAUUCAAGAUAAAAUACAAUAUAUACAUGCAAACAUAAAUUUUAACAUUAGAACUUAAGUAUGUAUAAGUGUGUAACGUCGUUGUUAAGUAAAUGAAAACAAAAAGAACCAUUGGUAAACUCUUACAUAUAUAUGUUAUUGCAACUAACUAAUAUUAAAUUAUUUGUAGCCGAUUUACAGAUUUUAUACGCCCUCAUAUGCAUAAUAAAAUUUCCAACGCGUAUGUAUUUAUGUAGUCGUACUCGUAUAUUUCAGUGCCUUAUCGCACGUAAAUAUGUACUAUGUAUUUUUAAAUGCUUGUUAUGUUAAUCUUUUUUAUCAAAUAAAAUGAAAUGAGAUUUUUAUUGUA